AUGGAGGUGAGCCCAACUCACUAUGUUUUGAAAACGCCAAUGGAAGGACCUUGGCCAGCAAAAAUGAAGGUAUGCGUUCUCGCCAACGGCUGUUUCUGGGGAUCGGAGAAAGGAUUUUGGCGCUUGCCAGGCGGGGGUGUCUACUCCACAGCUGUUGGCUAUGCAGCAGGGCGAACCCCGAACCCGACCUACGAGGAAUGCUGCUCUGGACAGACCGGGGCGACAGAGGCAGUGCAAGUUGUUUAUGACCCAGAGAAGGUUAGUAUGGUGGAUCUCCUGCGGUGGUUUUGGGAGUCCCACGAUCCCACACAGGGAAAUGGCCAAGGAAAUGACCGAGGGACGCAGUACAGAAGUGCACUGAUUUUCUUUGACCGUGAGCAAGAAGAGCUCAUGCGAGCAAGCAAAGAUGCCUAUGAGAAGGCUUUACAGGCAGCUGGGAAAGGUAUGGGCCCACGAAUCACCACAGAGAUUGUGGCAGCUAGUGACUUUGAACAGCCCUUCUACUAUGCAGAAGACUAUCAUCAACAGUACCUGGCGAAGCCCGGUGCAAGGCCAUACUGCAGCGCCCAGCCAUUGCAGGCCGCAAGCUUCCCAAACAGGAAUCCACCGAGCUUGAGGGGGUUCGAGUCGAACAAGUACGUCGGCAAGGAACACCAUGUUGGACUCAAAUAA